AUGCACCAAAUUCAGCAAGAAGAGCUAGUGUAUCUAGUGGAUCUCCAUCAUCAUCCAGAUAUGACAAUAUACUGGACAGACUACGUGGAAUCUACUUGUCGACAGAAUUAUACAUAUUUCUCUUCAUCUGAUUUCCUUCUCACCGCCUAUCACCUCACUGCUCUAUUCACUAUUCCGUUAUCCAUUUUCACUUUUUUGACAAUCAUCCGAGUGACUCCUAGGAAAAUGAAAAACCUAAAGAUUCCAAUGUUGAUUACUCAUGCAUGGAGCACUAAUCUAGAUCUCAUGCUAACUGUCUACUCAGCUCCUCUCACGUUUUUUCCAAGUGCUGCCGGCAUACCAAUGGGUUUUCUGGCAACUUUGGGUGUUUCACCGAAGUGGUUGGCUUACUUGGGUCAAGUUUCUGUAAUAAGCAUUCAAUGUGAUUUUUCACAGAGAAUGCCAUGUCCAACACUCGAUUUUUUUGAAAAAAAUGCAUAUAUUCUGUUGAGAGGAGGAGAACUUCUUCCAUUUGUGUCCAUAUCAGUUGGUCUACUUACAAUCAUGUUUCAAUCACUUUUCUUCUCAAUUCACACUGUUUAUCACUUGAAUUAUGUCAAGAAUGCAACAGUAUCCGAUGCUACCAAAGCUCUGCAAAAGAGAUUUUUGAGUUAUGUUGUCCUGCAGGUAACAAUUCCUCUGACGGUGCUGUGCAGUCCCAUUAUAUAUUCCCUAGUUGCUGACAGAUAUGAUUAUUAUAACCAAACUCUUAACAACAUGUCAAUGCUGUUUAUGGCAAGCCAUUGUCUGUUGAGUACUGCUUGCACUCUAUUCGUCAUCAAACCGUAUCGAGAAUUUGUGAGGAAUAUAAUUAGAGGAAACAGGAAUUACAAUGCAAACGACUUAUGGGCAACACAAAUUCAACCGGCUUCACAGAUAAUAGGCAGUGUUUCUGGUUAA